AUGACCACAUUAAAACAUGUCACUGCAGCCGAGCUGCGCCGCCACUGGGCAAAUCGCCUCGAAAUUGCUCUCCUUGAUGUCCGCGAAGAAGGCCCCUUUGCCGAGUCACAUCCUCUUUUUGCCUUGAGUGUGCCGGUAUCUGAAAUCGAGAAGAAGUUGCCACCGCUUGCUCCUCGACUGUCCGCUCCGAUUGUUGUCUACGACAAUGGCGAGGGUUAUACUGAGCGAGCCGCCUCCCGGAUAUUAGCCCUAGGAUAUCAGGAUGUCGCCAUCCUCGAAGGCGGACUUUCUAGAUACGCCCGUGUUGGUGAGGUCUACCGCGAUGUAAACGUGCCAUCCAAGGCAUUCGGCGAGCUUGUCGAAUCUAUCAACCACACUCCAUCUCUAUCUGCACGGGAUGUUAAGGAUCUUUUGGAAAGUGAACGUAACGUGGUUCUCCUGGAUGCUAGACGUUUCGAAGAGUACAAUACAAUGAGCAUUCCCGGCGGCCGAAGCUGUCCUGGAGGAGAACUAGUGUACCGCAUAUUCGAAGCCACAGCCUCUUCGAAAACCACUGUCAUUGUUAAUUGCGCCGGUCGAACUCGGAGUAUUAUCGGGACACAAUCAUUGAUCAAUUCUGGGAUCCCCAACAAAGUAGUUGCGCUUCGAAACGGCACUAUCGGCUGGACAUUGGACGGGCUAGAAUUGGAUACAAAAAAGACGGAGCGGAUUUCAGAGCCCUCAGCGGAGGCAUUGCAAAAGGCUCGACAGCACGCUAAAUCCUGGGCCGAUUACGUCGGCGUCUCUACUAUAGAUAGUGGUAAGCUCAGCCAAUUGGCCACGGAGUCGCAAGACCGCACGCUAUAUCUGCUAGACGUACGAGAUCCAGAGGAGUAUGCCCUAAGUCAUCCGUUGGGCUUCUCCAAUGCUCCUGGUGGACAACUGGUACAAGCCACUGAUGAAUGGGUCGGUAUUCGAGGCGCACGUAUUGUUUUAUAUGACAACGACGGCGUGCGAGCGCACAUGACCGCCAGCUGGCUCCUACAACUAGGAUGGGAGGUAUAUGUCUUGGAAACGCAAUCCCUGGUGCCCGUUAAUCUCCCAGUACCCAAAACUCCUUUGUGGCAGUCUUCCAAAUCUGGUGCUAUUACGGUCGACGAACUUCAAGACCUUACAGGCGCGACUAUUGUUGAUCUUGCCCGUAGUCCGUCCUAUCGCAAAGGCCAUAUUCCCGGCGCAUGGUUCGCCUCCGGGCCUGAACUUGUCCGUGAUUUGAGUUCUAUCGCCGGUGAUGGGCCUAUCGUGAUAACUUCGCCAGACGGCGACAUCGCCGCCGCGAAUAUUGAGUUCGCGCGCAACUCGACCUCGCGAGACGUCUUCUACCUGGCUGGAGGCACAGCAGCUUGGGUGGCAGCCGGGCAUGCACUCGAGACCGAGUCGCGCUGGCUCUCGCCGCCCAUUGAUGUGUAUAAGCGGCCGUACGAGGGGACCAGCAACGCCCGCAAGGAUAUGCAGGCCUACCUUGACUGGGAGUAUGGGCUUAUCGCACAGUUGGCAAACGACGGGGUUGCUUGUUUCCACGUUGUGCGGGACCGGCGUGGGCAAUCUGGUUAA